AUGGAGCCCGCAAAGCGCAAAAAAAGCUUCAACGGGUGUUUCACGUGUCGACGGCGCAAGGUGGCGUGCGAUCUUGUCAAGCCCCACUGCGGCAAGUGCAAGAAGAGCGGGUUGGUUUGCGACGGGUACGACGUGAAACUCCGAUGGAGUCCCUCUGUCAAGUUUGACAAGUACGGCACGCAGUUGCCGAGCGGGCCUAGCAAGGAGACAGAGUACUACCAACGCAGGUCGAUCCCGUUUGUGACGUAUCCGGCUAGCCAGCAGUACGAGUUGUACUCGGAGCUGGACGAUGCACUGGCUGUGCUGGGACGACAGGAAGGAUUACAGGAGGAGACUAUGUCGCAGGCCGUCCAGAUCGGGCCGUUUGGGGUUUUUCGUGGGACCAGUCUGGGAAACGAGCCGGCUUCUAAACGCCAGAAACUCGAGAAAGACGAGCUGGGAGCAGGAUCUGAAAACAUUGGCAAUCUCGGAAACGAGUGGUUGAGUAACGAGUUAUUGGACGCUGCGUUGUUGACGGCGUCUGCGUUGAACGGAGACACGCAUUUUCUCGACAUGUUCAAGACAGACGCGAUCGACCCGAUCGGCGAGAUCGAGGACACUAUUCAGCCCGCAGAGACCGUGAGUAACCAGAUGUUGCACAUGUUGUUCCAAGGACGACACACGGCCAGUCCGAUGGAGAUCCCAAGCAGUCGUGAAAAUAGCCAUCUGAUUGCCGAUUCGUCCACGCAUCUAAUCAAUAUCCACGCAGGCAAGGGCGCCCAAAUGCCGAAAACCAUCAUGGAGAUCGUGGAGGCUCCGCCGCUGCCCAAAUCGAUCGAUAUUGACAAGUUUGGACUCCCCACCACGUCGCUCACAGUGCACCCGAUGUCGCGGUAUUUGCUCAACUAUUACAUUGAGAACGUUGCCGACAUGAUGACGGUGAUCCCGUUGCCCAAGAACCCGUGGAAAUUUAUCUACUUCCCGCGUGCAGUGAUGGCCGUUGGGGAGCUGGCCUGUGUGGGCCACACGUCGAACGCAAAAAACUGUCUUCUCAACGCCCUGCUUGGAAUCAGCGUGUUCAAUUUGCAGAGCAAGUUCCCGCGCGGGUCUGACGAGAUGAAACAGUACGUGGACCUGGGUAUCCAGCUACGGCAACAGGCCACCAAUUUCCUCAACAAGUGUUUGGAGGAGGACAUCUUACAGCAGAAGUACAAAGAUGUUUUGGUGGCCGUGUUGUCGAUGGUGACGAUCGACGUUGUGUGGGGAACCAUGUCUGGUUGCAAAGUUCAUUUGGACCAUUGCGAGAAGAUUAUCGAGAAGAAAAUGAAGGUGAAGAAGAAAUUGAGCAGCAAAGCGGUGAUCUUGCACCGGAUUUUCAGUUCCUUGAAAUUGAUCCAGGAUUCCACAUCGUUGGAGAAUAUCUCUAAGAAAGAGAUUUUCCUCAACAGAACAAACUACUCGUCGUUUAUCAUCGGAAGUCCUGUCUCUAAAGACGAAGUUCAACGGUAUAAUAGCAACAACAUUAUUGGCAUUCGCAAGCGCAGACACAACCGUGAACGGAUUCCAGCUGCGUUGAUUGGCGACGACCACGAAGAUAGCAGUUCCAAGGGAGUCUACAACGAGAAGAUCACCGAUAACGGUAAGAUCCGUAUCGAAUACAUAGUGAACCAGCACGAGUCCGAACAGCCGCACGAGUCGGCAUCGCCCAAGUCGGAGGUGCCUGCUUUUAUCGACAUCACACGGUCGAGUUUCCAGCCGUCCAAGAACAAGCUCGACGACAAAGUGAUUUCGUCGGACGCUAUCUACGGGCUGCCGAACUCGCUGAUUCUGAUUUUCAGCGAGGUGGUGCACUUGAUCCGGUUUAAGAAGUACCAUCGAGACCAAAACUCGGAGCUGCCGAUGUUUUUCGACGAGUUGUCUGACCAGCUCGAGUACAAACUGCUCAGCUGGAAACUGGAAUGGACGUUGACAGUGGACGAGCAGGGUGUCCAGUACAUUUCCGCACGACACGAGGGUAUCUACCACCACGUGAUGUCGUUCUACCACGCCCUGGUGAUCUACUUCUACCGGUUUGUCGAGGACGUGAACCCGAUGUAUCUUCAGGACCGGGUUGAAAAGGUUCUGAAUCAUCUGGACCAGAUCCAGAACAUUGUGGAGGAGCACAAGAACGCGUGCUACAUCAUCCCGUUGUUCUGGCAGGGAUUUGUGGCCGGCAGCGAGGCCAUGACCGUAUUUCUCCAGAACGGCUACAAUCUAUGGGGCCACAAGAUCAGUCAGACCGGUGUGGGAACGUACUGGAACGCGCGGCAGAUCAUGUUGGAGAUUUGGCGACGCAAAAAUUGCAACCACCAGGGCGACAGUUGGCCGGACGUGCUAAAAGAUUGGAAGACCAACGUGAUGUUGACAUAG